AUGUCAUUCUCCAUGUACAAGCGCUUGCAAAGCCUCAGUUUGGCCGAUCGAGGUGGCUGGAGCGCGUGGAGCUCGUGGGCGCAGUGCAGCAGCGAGUGCGGAGGCGGGAUCCAAACCAGGACUCGGACCUGCCAGUCUCCUCCAGACGAGUGGUUUCUGUGUGAGGGCGUCGUGGAGGAGGGCCGGCCCUGCAACUCCCACUCCUGCACAGGCAAAGGUCUCCAUCUGUCCCGCAGUCAGUCGCUGCGCUCGGUGGACAGCCACAAGCGGGAUGAUGUGGACAAGCCCCGCGGCGGACAGAAGAGCCCUCAGACAGUAGAGUCAGUUUCAGGUGAGGAGUGGACAGCGUGGAGUGUCUGCUCUGCCACGUGUGGGGAGGGCUGGCAGAGCCGCACGCGUUUCUGCGUGUCCUCCUCCUACAGCACACAGUGCAGCGGGCCGCUGCGAGAGCAGAGACCCUGCAACAAUUCUUCCGUUUGUCCAGUGCAUGGCGCGUGGGACGACUGGACGCCUUGGAGCUUGUGCUCAUCCACCUGUGGCCGAGGUUACAGGUACCGCACGCGGACCUGCACCCCCCCGCAGUUUGGUGGGGACCCCUGUGAAGGGCCAGAGAAACAGACCAAGUUCUGCAACAUAGCUGUCUGUCCAGUGGAUGGAUCAUGGAACGAGUGGUCCAGCUGGAGCUUCUGCUCUGCUACCUGUUCCAACGGGACCAUGAAGAGGACCCGGCAGUGCAACGCUCCCUCGUACGGAGGCUCUGAGUGCAGAGGAGAGUGGCUGGAGACCAUCGACUGCUAUCUCGGGGAGUGUCCAGUGGACGGUAAAUGGCAGCCUUGGUCCUUGUGGUCAAGUUGCACUAAGACUUGUGGUGGAGGGAGGCAGCAGAGAAACAGGAUCUGCUACGGCCCCUUCUUUGGAGGACAGGCGUGUCCUGGAGAACGAGAAGAGGUCCGCACCUGUAACGAAAAGAGGUGUCCAGAACCCCAUGAAAUCUGCAGUGAAGAUAAUUUUUCCAACGUUGUGUGGAAGAUGACUCCUGCCGGGGAAACCGCAGCAGUCCGCUGUCCCCCCAACGCCGUGGGUCUCAUCCUCCGCCGCUGCACCCUGGAUGAGGAGGGCAUUGCCUACUGGGAGAAUCCAACGUAUAUGAAGUGCAUCUCCAACGACUAUCGCAGUAUACAAACCUUGACUCGAGAACACCUGUCCAAAGCGCAGCGCGGCCUGGCAGGAGAGGGCGUGUCAGAAGUCAUGACCAAGCUGAAGGUCAUUUCCAGCGACGGAACCAGCUACAGCGGAGAUUUGCUGGCCAUCCUGGACGUGCUGAAGAACAUGACGGAGAUCUUCAGGAGGGCGUACUACAGCCCCAGCAGCGCGGAUAUGAGGAACUUUGUGCAGUCGGUCAGCAAUCUGCUGAUGGAGGAGAACAGGGAGAGAUGGGAGGAGGCACAGCUGCUGGGGCCCAGCAUCAAAGAGCUGUUCCGGCUGCUGGAGGACUUUGUGGAUGUCAUUGGCCUCAGGAUGAAAGACUUUCAAGACAUGUAUGAAGUCACCGAUAACCUGGUUUUGAGCAUUCACAAGCGGCCUGUGAUGGGUCACGCAGACAUCACCUUCCCCAUGAAGGGCUGGAGGGGCAACGUGGACUGGGCCCGGAGCUCCGAGGACAGAGCCAACAUCCCGAAGAACAUCUUAUCCACAGGAAAGCCAGAUGCAGACGACUCCUCCACCUUUGUGACCGGCAUCGUUCUGUACAGAAACCUGGGCAGCAUUGUGUCUCUGCAGAGAAAUGCGACUGUCCUGAACUCCAGAGUUCUGUCCGUCUCCAUCAAGCCCAGCCCUGCUUCCCUCACAGCUCCUGUUGUGGUGGAAUUCUCUCACCUUUACAACGGGACUUCCAACCAAACCUGCAUAUCCUGGGACGAGAGUGACAGCUCCUCUCUGCUCGGAUCCUGGUCUGCCAAAGGCUGCAAAGCCGUGCUUGUCGACUCAUUCCGAACCAAGUGCGUGUGUGACAGACUGUCCACCUUCGCCAUUUUAGCACGGCUAAAUCCAGAGAUGAACAUGGAUAAGAGUCAGCUCCCAUCUGUGACCCUGAUCGUGGGUUGUGGAGUAUCCUCCCUCACACUGCUGUUGCUCAUCAUCAUUUAUGUGUCUGUCUGGAGGUAUAUUCGGUCCGAGCGCUCUGUGAUCCUCAUUAACUUCUGCCUCUCCAUCAUCUCCUCCAAUGCCUUGAUUCUGAUUGGACAGACUCAGACAAGGAAUAAGGUCUUGUGCACCCUGAUCGCUGCAUUUCUUCAUUUCUUCUUCCUGUCUUCAUUCUGCUGGGUCCUGACAGAGGCAUGGCAGUCAUACAUGGCUGUAACGGGCCGCCUCAGAAACCGUAUCAUACGCAAGCGUUUCCUAUGUCUUGGCUGGGGUCUUCCUGCUCUUGUAGUAGCAAUUUCAGUGGGUUUCACCAAAGCCAAAGGAUAUGGAACACCGAGCUACUGUUGGCUGUCUUUGGAAGGAGGUCUUCUCUAUGCAUUUGUUGGACCUGCUGCAGCUGUAGUCUUGGUUAACAUGGUUAUUGGGAUUCUCGUUUUUAACAAACUGGUGUCCAAAGACGGCAUAACUGAUAUGAAACUAAAGGAGAGGGCGGGGGCUGUCCAGUCAGGAACACAUCAGUCUCAGAAGCCCCCUCCCAUCUCACCAGUGAUUGGGGCGUCGCUGUGGAGCUCUUGUGUGGUUCUGCCGCUCUUGGCUCUCACAUGGAUGUCAGCCGUCCUGGCCAUCACCGACAGACGCUCGGCGCUCUUCCAGAUCCUGUUCGCCGUCUUUGACUCGCUCGAAGGCUUUGUCAUUGUCAUGGUUCACUGCAUCCUGCGCAGAGAGGUUCAAGAGGCAGUGAAGUGUCGCGUGGUCGACCGGCAUGAAGACACUAACGGCGAUUCAGGAGGGUCUUUUCAAAACGGCCAUGCUCAGCUCAUGACUGACUUCGAGAAGGACGUGGACAUGGCUUGCAGAUCAGGUACCACAAAGCGCUCUUCCCUGCAGGGGGAGGACAAGGCCUCGUCUGGAACCCUCAACCUCCAGAAGAACGCUAACUUUAACACCAUGCCAGCCAACAUGGCAAAGGUUCACCUCCAGAUUGUGGCUGACUACACCAGCCACACUCUGACGCUACGCAGGGAAAAGGGCGCCACCAAGGGAAUCAGCACCGAGCUUCCAGGUGCGAAGUCCGUCUACGUCCACGAAGGUGAGCUCCUGAAGCAACUGGACGGAGAUCUACCUCGAGGAACUGGUGAGGGCAGCAACAGCGAGGGCAAAGGCCCGGGAUACAUCAUUCUGCCAACAAACAACACGGGCACCUUGAAACCAGCAAAAGGCAAAGAAGAUCAGUCUGCCAAGUACAAUGCUGAGCAGCUUCCUCAGACCCGGCUGAUACAUCUGGCAAACCCUGCGGUUGUUGAACCCGUUCCUGGCUUUGGGAUAAAGAGCCUGCCUGCCGACCAGGUCAGUGUGUCCUGCUCUGACAGAGACUCACCUGCACACAACCUGCAGGGCAAGCCCAGGGAGCCGCAGCUGAGCAGUUUGUGUGAUGGAGGGCAGUCUGGAAGCUCUGGGGGGAUGUCCAAAGGGGAGACCGUCUCCACUCUGUCCAUGAGCUCUCUGGAGAGACGAAAAUCCCGAUAUGCAGAGCUUGACUUUGAGAAAAUAAUGCACACCCGGAAACGCCACCAGGACAUGUUUCAGGACCUGAACAGGAAGAUUCACAGUGCAGACAAGGAUAGAGAAUCUCCACCUGUUGAUGCCAAAGCUUCCAAAAGAUGGAGUGUGUCCUCUGCCAGCAGCGACAAGACCAACAUGAGUCAGGACAAGCAAUCAACCCCCAGUAAAAGAGCAUGGGAGGGCAUUCGUAAGGCACAUUCUCCCCCAUCCUGGGUAAGGAAAGACCUGGAAACUGUGGCAGCGUCCCCCCUGGACCGGCAGACAGUGGAGUGGGAAAAGACGGGAGCCACCAUUCCGCUGGUGGGCCAAGAGAUCAUGGACCUGCAGACAGAGGUGUGAGCCCAGCUUUGCUGCCACACCUUGCAUCGCCUGUUUCUUCCAGUGCUACCAGAAAAACUAAUACACUUCACACAUACCGUCCUGCUCUGUACAAAGGCUGGAUGAAAGGAACAAGGAGCGACUAUGAGGGCUUAGAGGAGAGUCACAGCAUUCAAAAAACAAGACAUACAGGAGGGUGAAAACAUGGCAUCUCUUUUGACAAUUUGUCAUUUUGUCAACGAAAUACUGCUCAUCUUCCUGUAUAAGAUCUGCUGGCAUGUGAGGGACGCAGCUGUCAGUUUGAGGAUGACGCCACUAUGUGUGCAUCAUACUGUGCUGAAGGUACAGCACAGGUAAUGAUUCAGUUUCCCAUCCUGUAUUGAGUUGUUGCAGUGUAACAAUCAUGAAUGUUUUCUCUGCUUCCCCAAUGAGGGCAUUGUUGCAUUACUGCUCAGACCUGUGUCUCCAGAGGAGCACUGAACACAGCUCAGAUGGCCUCAGACCUUCACCGUUUGCAGCAUAUGUGUCAGUGAAGACAAGCUCCGCUUUGAGCUCACAGAACACCAAAUACAAGCCACCGCUCUGUCUCAGUUAUGGGACAUGACCAGCCCUGCAGUGAUCAAUAAAGGAUCAUGGAGACUGGGAAAAAACCUAAAGGAUCAUGGAUGAACUUCAUUGUAAGCUUCCUUGUCAUUUAAGGACAGCUGACAUGGUGUAGUAGGAGGAAAGUGCUCUCCACUUUUCUCUCAUGUCCACAGCCAUCCCACAGAAGGAGCGUGGAUGCCAGAGCACCCUAGAGGAGCCACAGUCCACUGACGCAUGCUGUCAGAUCCUAAGGGAAAGCGGAACUGAGGUGGGCGUCUUUAUAAAAUGUUCAGGAAAAAUCUUCAAGUUUCUAAUGCAGAAUCAUGUAAGCAGAGUAAAUGUCAGGUUGUGUCAUGAGGAUUGAAGGUUAUAUAUAUUUAAGACAAAGCCGGCAUGCAGGUGGUCGCACACUGGAAAGCACAAGGCUCACGUGGAGUCCUGAUGUACAGCAUUGUAAUUAUUUCAACAGAGUUCUACAGAAUUGAUUUUAGCCUAUGAGUAUCUUUCUUACCUGUGCUUGGAGAUAGCUGUUAUCAUUAAGAUGAAUAUGACCAUGAUUAUUCUGCUACUGAUCCUCCCUUUGUCCUUCAAGGUUCAGGAUGAGACAAGUGUUGUGUAAAACCAUGUAACAGUGUGUGUUUUGAUAUCACCAGUCACUUCUUCUGAUGUGUUUUUGUCCAAACCGUGGCUGCUGACCCGGGUCCCAGCUUCCCUCCACUACUGGUUUAUGCCCUGCCUUUACAUACACAAGCCCCGCCCACCUGCCCACCCGCCCGCCCUCCCUUUUAUAUGUUACAGGGGUUGCCUUUUUGUUAAUGUACAGUUUUCAGAGCACAAAAUGAAUGUGUCUUAUUUCUAAUAAAACCCUAUAUACAUGGCA